GUCCCCAUAUUGUCCCCAUGCCCUUGUUGCCCCCACGCUGUCCCCGUGUCCUUGUUGUCCCCCUGUCCCCGUGCCGUCCCCGUGCCGGCGGUGACGCCGCGCCGUGCCGUGCCGCAGGGAGCCCGUUCCGGGUGCCGGUGCAGGACGUGGUGGACCCCAGCAAGGUGAAGUGCUCGGGGCCGGGGCUGGGCCCCAGCGUCCGCGCCCGCCUGCCCCAGACCUUCACCGUGGACUGCAGCGCCGCGGGGCUGGCGCCGCUCGAGGUCACGCUGCUGGGACCCACCGGCCUGGCGGAGCCGGUGGAGGUGCGUGACAACGGGGACGGCACCCACAAGGUGACCUACACCCCGGCCACCGACGGGCCCUACACCGUGGCCGUCAAGUACGCCGACCAGGAGGUGCCGCGCAGCCCCUUCAAGAUCAAGGUGCUGCCCGCCCAUGAUGCCAGCAAGGUGCGCGCCAGCGGCCCGGGGCUGAGCGCCAGCGGCAUCCCCGCCAGCCUGCCCGUGGAGUUCACCAUCGACGCGCGCAACGCCGGCGAGGGGCUGCUGACCGUGCAGAUCCUGGUGAGCCCCACGGCGUGCCUCGUACCGCCCCGGGGGGCACUGAGCUGUGGGGGUCCCCCCGGCAUCCCCCGAUGA